UGUGUGUGCGUGUGCGGCUCUCAAGCAAGACAAGAGCUGCAUGGUUCUAGUUGCAGCGUUGCAGCGCCAGCACAAUGCUUGGAGAACAGCACCAACAGCGGCCACAGUCGCCAAGACGCGACCACCGACAGCAUCGGCAACCGGCCCAAGGCGAUGAAGACUGCGAGGACGCUAUCGCGUCGAACCAGCACUCCCCAGGCGGCCUGUGCGUCGACGUAUGGGUGGUGAUUGCCAAACAUUUGGUGGAGGCAGACAAACACGAGCCUGAGCUCAAGUGGCCGCAACUGCACAUCGCCAGCAACGCCAAGUUGGACGACGACGACGAGCGAUUUGAGGGCUGGACGGCAUUCUUUCGGCUGACGUUCACGUGCCGCGUGCUGUACCACGAGCUGGCGUUGGCCAUGCCAAAGUGGCUGCUGUUGACCAGCUCCAUCCCUACGGCCCUGCUUGCCCGCUACCACUUCAUUGACACGUACCAAACUGGGCUGACCGGCAUCGAGUACAGCACCUCCCUGUCACCACACACAAGCGAAGGCCAGGCCCACUCCCGCCCCCAUGACGUCGAUGGUGGUGGUGAUGGUGGCGGUGGCAGUGGCGGUGGCGGUCGUGAUGAGCACAGGCACAGCGUGGCCAGCAAGGAUCCAUCACCGACAACAACAACAUGUACGAGCACCACCACCAGCAGCACCAGCAGCAGCAGUGGCAUGAGCGACAGCGACAGCAGUGGCAACAGCGAGAGCAACAGCAGCAAUGCAGUUGGCGGCAUGAGCGUGUAUGACGCGUGGCUGGAAGAGCGAUUCCUGGUGUAUUCGCAUCUGGGUGUUCCGUGGAGACCCGCGGGCCCAUAUCUACAGCGCCGCGUGUUUGGAAGCGUCGUGUCUGUGCAGUUCUGCCAACGGUUUCAACGUGUUGGCGUUCUGUUCUUUGAGCGCGUGUCUGAGCUGGCGACAUGGGUUGGAGGCACAACGGCUGCUGCUGCUGCCAUUGCCGCCGCCACAGCACCAUCAUCCCCACCAGCAGCAGGCGAUGACGCCCACCCCACCCUUGAUAGCGAUGAUGAUGAUGAUGAUGAUGAUGAUGAUGAUGAUGAUGAUGAUGAUGAUGAUGAUGAUGAUGAUGAUGAUGAUGAUGAUGAUGAUGAUGAUGAUGCCGACGAUGAUGAUGGUGAUGAUGAUGAUGAUGAUGUCGUGCUGCAGCACGUUCGGUAUGAUGGUCCGCCCUGUCUGCAAGUGGGCGCGUUUGCGCUCGAGGCCACGCUCCUCAACCAGGAGACCGCCGACAGCGUGAUGCGGCUGCGCAGCGCACUGCACGACGCGUACAUGUACUCAAUGUCGGCGAUGGUGAUUGGCCCACUGCGCUACCUGGCGUGCUUGCAGGCAAAGACAGUCGACAUUGUGUGCCGCAACUCCCCCAUCGCUAGGCUUGACCUGUGCGACGUACAUUCGGUUGUCUGGGGCGUGUCCGAGGACCAGCAGCAGCUUCGCGGCACGUGGCGUCGCGUUGCACACGCCCGACUGACACGUGUGGGCCACGCUGACGAUGACGAUGACGAGCAGGUGCUGCUGACAGCUGUGCGCGACGUGCGCAUCGUCCAGGGCGUGCCAACCGUCAUCAUCCAUGGGUUGCACGUUGCGCAAGGCAUUACCCCACUCGCCGCGGCAAAACGCGUUGAGCUGGAGGUUGUGCGCACAACAAGUGCGCGUCCGCUUGCGACGGUGACGGACGGCGUGAUCCUGAAUUCGGUUCUGUUUGAUGAGGGCAUGAGCACCAUCACGGUGGGGGCACAGCGCGUUGCCGUCUUGUACACAAACGGGGUGGAGCAACUUGUGCUGCCCAACGCCACCACCAUCCACCUGACGGGGAUGCCUGCGCUGCUGGGGGUGCGGCUGGAGCGAGAUGGGCCUGUGGAACUUGACUCGCUCUGGCAAUGCUACUGCCCACAGCUGAGCAUGCCGCAGGUGCGAGCGAAGCAGUGGAGUGUGGAGCGCGAGAUGGGGCUGCAGCACGUGGCACGGCGCGUUGUGCCGCACGUGUCUCAACUCUCCUUCUUCGGCAUCGAGGAAACUGUCCACACGCGCGGCACCAUCAACGACGACAACAACGCUGGUGGUGGUGGCGGUGGUGGCGAUGAUCACGUUGUCGACACGGAUUACGGUCUGGUGGUCUGUGCCCUUACACCCACCGCACGUCCUGAGCACUUGGACAGAGACAUGAUGCAGGUGGAGGAUGAGGAUGUGGAGGAGGAGGAGGAGGAGGAGGAGGAGGAGGAGGAGAUAAGAGGUUUGGCUGGUCGGGUGCAACACCGCACAGUGGACAGCAGUCAAGGGAAUGCCGACGACGACGACAACGAUGAUGAUGAUGAUGAUGAUGAUGAUGAUGAUGAUGAUGAUGAUGAUGAUGAUGAUGAUGAUGACGACGAUGAUGAUGAUGAUGACUUGGUGGAAGUGGAGAAAGAGCAACAGCAGUCACAGCAGGACCAACGGCAAAUCAACGGAGAAGACGAUGAGGAAGAACGAUGGCUCCAAGAGCAACUGGUUUCUGACCAUCAAUAUCAUCAUGACGAUGAACACACCCUGCCACCACGACCACGACCACCGCCACCCCCUCCGCCGUCGCCCCAACACGCUCGACGACGACGCCACGCGCCAUCAUCAGUGGUACCGCUAUCACCGCCAGCACCGCCAUCAUCACGACCACCACCGACACUUUCGCCGCAGGAUCAGCUGUUCUGGCACGUCGUUGACAUGAGCCGCUAUCAUGCGCUGAAGUCGAUCGAAAUCACGAGCGAGGGCGUGCACCACCUGACCAACCUUGACUUUCUCCCCAAUGCGCGGCGCAUCGUCCUGUGCGGUGUGCACCUCUCUGGUGCGCUGUUUGCACCAAAGGCGUACGUGCGCCUGGUGGGCUGCACUGGACAGCUCAGCGUGCACGGCGCACGCGCCAUCUUCUGCGUCCUGUCGUCUGCUCUCGAGUUCACGGCGCUGCGUGAUGUUGGGCGCAUUGGGUUUCGUGACAUGCACGUGGUCGUGCGUUGCCGUCCAGAGCGCGUGGCCAAGUGCCGCAUCGCGUGCUGCCGCAUUGGUGACAUCCGCCACUUUGACUGCCUCAACACGCUCGCCCUCCUCCUCAGCUCGUUUGAGGAUCCCCGCCACUUGCCGUGUGUCCCCGUGCUGCGCGUGGCCAGGUGCACGCUCAUAUCCGCACGGACCAUCUCGUGGCCCAUUGUCACGCUCGUACGCCGCAGUUUGCGCGAGACGGUGGAGGCGCUCACGGGGAGCACAUUCGUGGACCCGCCACUGUGA